AUGGAGCUCCGCCCCCUGGUGGCGGGUCUGGAGCUCCUCGCCCUGGUGGUGAGUAUGGAGCUACUCGCCCUGGUGGUGAGUAUGGAGCUCCGCCCCCUGGUGGCGGGUCUGGAGCUCCUCGCCCUGGUGGUGAGUAUGGAGCUCCUCGCCCUGGUGGUGGGUAUGGAGCUCCGCCCCCUGGUGGUGAGUAUGGAGCUCCUCGCCCUGGUGGUGGGUAUGGAGCUCCUCGCCCUGGUGGUGAGUAUGGAGCUCCUCGCCCUGGUGGUGAGUAUGGAGCUCCUCGCCCUGGUGGUGGGUAUGGAGCUCCGCCCCCUGGUGGUGGGUAUGGAGCUACUCGCCCUGGUGGUGAGUAUGGAGCUCCGCCCCCUGGUGGCGAGUAUGGAGCUCCUCGCCCUGGUGUAUGGAGCCCGCCCCUGGUGGAGUAUGGAGCACCUCGCCCUGGUGGUGAGUAUGGAGCUCCGCCCCCUGGUGGUGAGUAUGGAGCUCCUCGCCCUGGUGGUGGGUAUGGAGCUCCGCCCCCUGGUGGUGAGUAUGGAGCUCCUCGCCCUGGUGGUGGGUCUGGAGCUGAGCCCUCGCCCUGGUGGUGGAUAUGGAGCUCCUCGCCCUGGUGGUGGGUAUGGAGCUCCGCCCCCUGGUGGUGGGUAUGGAGCUCCGCCCCCUGGUGGUGAGUAUGGAGCUCCUCGCCCUGGUGGUGAGUAUGGAGCUCCUCGCCCUGGUGGUGAGUAUGGAGCUCCGCCCCCUGGUGGUGAGUAUGGAGCUCCUCGCCCUGGUGGUGGGUAUGGAGCUCCGCCCCCUGGUGGUGAGUAUGGAGCUCCUCGCCCUGGUGGUGGGUAUGGAGCUCCGCCCCCUGGUGGUGGGUAUGGAGCUCCGCCCCCUGGUGGUGAGUAUGGAGCUCCGCCCCCUGGUGGUGGGUAUGGAGCUCCUCCCCCUGGUGGUGGGUAUGGAGCUCCUCCCCCUCCGUACAACCCUCAGCUCUACGGACAGGGCUCAUCCACGGGGAUGACCUAUCAGGUGGGGAAGGGGAAGGUUGCAGUGGUCUCCCCUCCUGGCACCUAUGAUAACAUGGUGCACCCUGAGGAAGAGGAGGCAGCGGGAGGAGGAGGAGGAGGAGGCCAUGAGUCCAGUGACGGGGGGGAGGACAACGUCUUCAGUGACAAGGCCGUACGGAGAGGCUUCAUCAGGAAGGUCUACCUGACGUUGAUGGUCCAGCUGCUGGUGACGGUGGGAAUCAUCUGUGCGUUCCUUUACUGGGAGGCCCUCCGGAGAUGGACGUGGGCUAACUUCUGGUUCUCCUACGCCACAAUGAUAGGGGGGCAGAAGGCGAUGCUUGAAGUCACCAAGCCUAACAGAGAAAGAUCGCUGGGACAGUACCUCAACAUCCUGUACGCCUGCCUGGGAACGCUGCUGUUCUCCUUGUACCUGGUGUUUGACACGCAGCUCAUCCUGGGUGGGACACACCGGCGGUACGAGCUCUCUCCUGAGGAGUACGUGUUCGCUGCUCUGAACCUGUACCUGGACGUCGUGUCCCUGUUCCUGCUGCUGCUGCAGCUCAUCGGCCUCUGCCGCUGACACGUGUGUGUGUGUGUGCGAUUCAGUCCUGUAAUAAUAGAUAUGAUAUAGAUAUCAUAAGCCUGAGCAGCUCCUCCCUCUGUUGUUUCCCUGUGAGCUUCCAGAAGCGUUGAUACUCCAUUAAAGGGCCGGCGCGCUGCCAUCACACCAGCUGCUCUGCUUAUUUUAAUGCAUU